AUGUCCACCGUUCUCCUACUACUCCUAGCGUUCAUACUAUCGAUUGUCUACAUUUUCAAUAGACGGCCAAACCUCGAAACGGAAGCAAAGCAUAGGCCGGCUUCAUACAGAGACACCGCCUGCCAAACCACAGACCCAGAUCGAUAUCAAGAGUCUGAACCCGAUCUAGUACAUACUCCGGCUACAUUGGAAACAAACGAACUAGACGUGGAAGAUCUAGACAUACCUUUCCUAUCCAAAAUUCCGCUAUAUAAUCCGCAAACAAGACUUACAUACUUCAUUCCCGAAAAUGUACUGCCGUAUCACCCGGAAGGGUUGGAAAUCCCUGUUUCUGUGGUAAAUCGACUAUGUAAAUGUGCUUUGGAGGCGUUUGAAGUUGAAGUUGAAGAAAGUGGGUCGGGUGGAGUGAAAGAUGGGACCACAGCUAUUACGGAGGUAUUAAACCCUUCGAAAAUGACAUUUUAUGUUUUGGAAGAUGGCAGUUGUGAGGUCCGUGAGGAUCGGGAUGAAAAAGUUCCCGAAGAAUGGGUCAAAGUGCCCGAGCGAGUGGUCGAGUUCCUAGCAGACGAGGUUGUGAAAUGGGUGGAUGGAGAGAACAUCCCAGACAACAUCAACAUCAAAUCAAUAGAUCUAGAUGAUGAUUCCUAG